AUGGCUUCGGAGAAGCCUAUUCACAGCCUCGUCAUUGACGCGGGCCCGAUCAUAAAAAAUUCGCCUCCCGUCUCAACUUUGCUUGCCCAGUCCGAAGUCAUCUUCACCAUACCUGCCGUCGUGUCAGAAAUCCGGGAUGAAGUCACAAGAGCUCGGGUAGAGACCACCUUGCUCCCGUUCCUCACCCAAAGAAACCCGCAUCCGGACACGGUCAAAAUCGUCCAGGACUUCGCUCGCCACACCGGCGACUUAGCCGUUCUCAGCAGCACUGACAUACAACUCAUUGCCCUGGCCCGCGACCUUGAAUGUGAGCGUAAUGCCGGUGAUUGGCGCCUGAGGAAUGUCCCCGGCCAGAAGAGGACGAACGGCCCUCCUCCAACCAAACCCGCCCCAGAAGCACCGCCCGCGACUACUGCCGAUCCUGAGGCACCGCCUGCAGCCAGCAGCGCUGCCGAAGACUCGCCUGCCGCCGCCGCUGACGGAGCGGGCGAAGCCAGCGAAGCGGUUACGUCCGCUCUCUCGGAGGCCCGGAUUUCCGACGAGCACUCUCCCGCCUCCGCUCUUGCAGAUGCAGAUGUGUCUGCAAGCGUUCCAACCAAUGAAGCAGCCCAGGACCCGCCGGCCGCCGAGAUUGCUGCCCCUUCCAAUGUAGAGGAUGCGUCUGGGAGUACAUCCGGGGCCACCGACGCUGGUUCCGAGUCCGACUCGGAUAACGAUGGCUGGAUCACGCCGUCCAACAUCAAGAAGAAGCAGGCGCGCGACCAGAUGAUGAGCGCCGAGACCACCGAGGACGCGUCCAAGACUCUGCAGGCGGCAAUCAUGACGACCGACUUCGCCAUGCAAAACGUCAUCUUGCAGAUGAACCUCAACCUGCUCUCGCCCUCGCUGCACCGCGUGCGGCACCUCAAGACGUUCAUCCUGCGCUGCCACGCCUGCUUCCUCACGACCAAGGAAAUGAGCAAGCAGUUCUGCCCUCGCUGCGGCAAGCCCACCCUCAGCCGCGUGACCUGCACCACCGCCCAAAACGGCGAGUUCAAGCUCCACCUCAAGAAGAACAUGCAGUGGAACAACCGCGGCGAGCGCUACAGCGUGCCCAAGCCCGCCAGCAAGUCCUCCUCCGGCCGCAUCACCGCCGGCGGCGGCAAGGGCGGCUGGGGCGCCGACCUCAUCCUCGCCGAGGACCAGAAGGAGUACGUGCGCGCCGUCACCCAGGAGAAGCGCCAGAAGCAGCGCGAUCUCAUGGAUGAGGAUUACCUGCCGUCCAUCCUGACCGGCGAGCGCAACAGGACCGGUGGUAGGCCCAAGGUUGGAGCCGGCAGGAACGUUAACGCCGCUAGGAAGAAGAGGUAG